UAAAUUAUUACAUCAUAUCAGUAUCUUUGGUAUCCUUUAGUAAAGUAACCUUCUAUGACAUUACACUUCUCAUAUGUUUCUGAGUCAUUGUUACUUUUGUUUUGUUUGAUACUGGUUCAAAUUAAAAUUUACUAAUUUAUCAUUAUUACCUUGUCAUAUUUUGCCAACAUCUAUUUUAAUUUGUUUUUUCCAAUUUUCAUCAAAGUCUUAGCAAAAUGUCACGUAAAUUUUUCGUCGGUGGUAACUGGAAAAUGAAUGGCUCUAAAGCCGUCAUUAAAGAAAUAGUUGAUUUUCUUAAUGAAGGACCCUUAGACCCAGAAGUUGAGGUUGUCUGUGGUGCACCUUCCAUCUACUUAGAGUACUCCAAAAGCAUAUUACCAUCAAAUAUCGCACUGGCUGCUCAAAAUUGUUACAAAACUAAAUCAGGAGCAUUUACCGGAGAAAUUAGUCCAGCAAUGAUUAAAGAUGUUGGUGUCAAUUGGGUGAUACUUGGUCAUUCUGAGCGAAGAAAUGUUUUCGGAGAAAAAGAUGAGUUGAUUGGAGAGAAGGUUGGCCAUGCCCUGGAUGAAGGUCUUUCAGUAAUUGCUUGUAUUGGUGAGCUAUUGGAAGAACGUGAAGCUGGUAAAACCACAGAUGUUGUAUUUGCUCAGAUGUCUGCCAUCUCCAAACACGUUAAAGAUUGGAGUCGUGUUGUGAUUGCCUAUGAGCCUGUAUGGGCAAUUGGUACCGGUAAAACAGCUUCUCCAGCUCAGGCUCAAGAAGUUCAUGCACAGCUGAGACAAUGGUUGAAGGAAAAGAUUUCUGAUAGCGUAUCAGCUUCAACACGAAUCAUUUACGGUGGAUCAGUAACGGCAGGUAACUGCAAGGAACUCGCUAAGGAAGCAGAUAUUGAUGGUUUCCUUGUUGGUGGAGCUUCACUCAAGAAAGAUUUUGUCCAAAUUGUCAACGCUAAAAAGUAAUUGAAUUUCCGAGCAAUAGCUGUCAGGCAAAGGACUCAGAUGAAGCGUUUCUUUAUAGUUUUACAAUAUUCACGAAUUUAUCGAUUUUGCAGUGUUUUUAUUAGAUCUACCCAUUUAUGUCCAUUUGCUCUCUCCUUUAUAAUGAAUCUUCCGGUUCAAUUUAAUUGUUUCUCAUGAGAUUAUACUUUCUCUCUUGCCAUAGCUACAUAUAUUUAACUCUAAUAUAAAACCAAUGUUUUAUCCCUAA